AUGGGUGGCGGGCGCCUGAUUACUCGCAAUCGCGCGAGCUAUAGCUGUCACAUGUGUCGCCGGCGCAAGGUGAAAUGCAACAAGGUCCAUCCCGUAUGCGGAAACUGCGUGAAGAACGGUACCGAUUGCGUGUACGAUGUGUCAUCGCAGAACGAUGAGAAUCCGCGCGACUCAUCACGGUCGGGGCACGGAGUCAAGCGGAGGAAGGGGACUCCGCGAACACUCGAGGAGGAUGUGGAUGAGCUGCAGUCGAUUUACGGGCACCUCAGACAGACGGGCUCGUCAGCAGCCCAUAAAGGAGCCAUUGAAGCCCGGUUGGACAAGCUCAUGUCGAUGAUUGAGCGGAUUGGUGGGGAUCAGGCUGUUGAAGCGGCGGAGCGACGUACGGCAAGUCUGGAGCCAGUUGUAAAGGAGGAACCGCUGCCGAACAAUGACUGGAAGAGGUCGAGUUCGGAAAGGUCGGCGAGCCCGCGUCGUGCGGGGGCAGAGUCGAGCGGUGAUGAGUUUCCGAUACCCUCGGGACAAGCGACCGACCUCGUUGAUCCGGUGGGGAGUCUCAAUCUGGGCCAUCUGAGCUUGGAGGAUGGUGGCAGAUCGAGAUAUGUUGGAACCACAUAUUGGGCUUACAUCUCCCACGAGAUCAACGAGCUGAACCAGCUGCUCAGAGACCAGAAUCGCUCGCAUGACCAACCGGCUGCUUCCGACACUACUAGCCCGGGCAUCACUGAUCCAGCCACCAGCACUCGAAGGACGUGGAAAGAGUCGAUCGAUAGUACGACGUCACGUUCGACCACAUCCCUUGGGUCUCGAGAGUCUUUCCAACAAUCCAUCAUCUUCCCCUCUGGCGACUCUCCUUCGGUACAUGAAAGAGUCGUUGAACCUGAGAUGCUCGAUCAUGUUCCGACAAGACGUCAAAGCCAUAUCCUUUACAAGGGGUUCAUGUCGGGGGUCCACGCCAUCAGUCCAGUCAUUCACCCUCCAAGCGUUCUAAAACUUUACAACGCCUUCUGGGACUGGUAUGACUACAGCAGUUAUUCGGGAAACCCGUGCCCCAAUCCCUCGUUUAUCCCACUUCUAUAUGCCAUUUGGUAUGGCGGUUCCGUCACCGUUUCGAUCCGCACAAUCAAGGCUGAAUUCAACGCGUCGUCCCGAUUUGCUCUGUCCGGAAUGUACAGCGAGGAAGUUAGCCGCUGGUUGACGAAGAUCGCCUUUCCUCGCAGCCCUUCUCUCCAGGGCCUGUCAGCCUACCUUAUUGUGCAGACGAUUCUGUCCAAGGAGGAAGAGCCCCUGACGAGCAGCUUAUUCGUCAGCCUUGCCAUGCGCGUGGCACAGACUAUGGGUCUGCAUCGAGAUCCAGCUCAAUUUGGGAUUGAGGCGUCCGAGGCAGAAUACCGACGCCGACUGUGGUGGCAUAUCAUGCACAUGGACGGCAUCGUCGCGAUGUCCAGUGGCCUGCCGCCGCUGGUCAGCGACGAGAAUUACUGGGAUGUUCGUGAGACGAGUGAGGUGAAAGAUACCUUGCUGGGUACCCCUGCGGCCGAACAGUAUGAACAGCUGGUUGCUUCUAACCGCCGUGCACCUGACAACCCCGACGAUCCGAUCCUGUGUGGUGGACCGUCAACGGUCAAUGUGUAUUACCUGUCUGCAAGAGGGAAAUACGUCAUGGCUCGUGCCGUCCGGCGAAUCCUCAAAAUCCAGUUGGGCAUAAAGCCCUUGACUCGGAGAGAUAUGGAAGAGCUCCGAUCAAUUCUGCUCGAUCUUCAGCUCAAGCUUAAUUCCAUUGUGAACCGGAUCCCAGAGGGCAAGAACCCUGAGAAUGCCUCGGGAGAGCGGGACCUGUCCAUGUCCAAAUCGCCGGUGGAGACUCAGUCCACUGAUACCGAACUUCCAGGUGACGGUCCCAAUGGAUGUACCGAGCAAUACCAUUCCCCAGUUCUUGUGUCCUUUCACAAGUGGGCUAGAAUCGUUCUGUCGCUAUUCAUCGACAAAGCCUUCUGUGUUGCCUACCAGCCCUUCCUCAAAAAUGCCCGAAGUCGAAUCUGGCCCGCGGCGCGACAAAGCGCCCUUCGGCAUUGCCACGGGUUUAUGGAGAAAUUCAUCCAACUGGCAACCGAUCCAGACUUCCAGCCGUUCCAUUGGAGCUGGCCGGGCAACCAUCAACCGAUGCAUGCGACGAUGAUCAUGCUCAUUGACCUCUACGAACGACCCUACAGCCCCGAGGCAUCCAAGUCACGCGCGCUCAUCGACCGGAUCCUGGCGCUGUCUGGGCCCGAUGGCGGGGUGGUCGGAGGAGAGGAUGGUGUCUCGACGCAACGACCGCUGAAAGAUGGCGGUCGGGAGGCGUGGAGCAUGAUCCGUCGCUUGCGCCAGAAAGCCUGGCAAAAGGCCGGUCUGAAUCCAGAAAUGCUCUGGACCGAGCAAGAUCAGAUCCAGGCAGGCAUUGCUUCCCCAGCAGCUGGCCAUAGUGGUCUGAAUAAUGGGACCUUCGUUUCCGGAUCAUCGUCUACGCCUGGGCCACCUUCCCAUAAUCGUUUGGCUUCGCUGCCGCCGAAUGGUCAGCCCGCCGACUUUGAACGCAGAUUCUACAACAUGACCCGCUCUCAAACGGAUUCUCCCUCUGCUUCAGUUCGUCCCAGUCCUCUACGAUACUCUCACCAGUUCCCACCUCCCGAUUCAACCUCUCUCCCCACAGCUCCACCAUCUCUCGUCGCACAAUAUUCAGUAUCUCCCGGAGCAAUGAGCGUACCCGGCAGCUCCGUCACAUCUGGCUCCGCAGCCGCGGACUCGCCCGACGUCGCAUCAUCCCUAAGCGCAGCCGCAUCGACCAACUCCCCUUCACUCGCUGCUUCCAUCCCCAUGCCUCAACAACAAGAAACACCACCUCCUAACUCAUCCACCGCCGUGCCUUUCCUAGAUCCUACUCCGCAGAAUGUACCACCUAUGAAUGUACAUGUACCCACCCCUCCCUCGAUGGUGGAUCCCAACCUCAACUUCGACUGGGACCAAUGGGACGCUGUCUUUGGCCAGCAUCUCCCCGUCGCCGAUGAGCUGAUGGAGCUCGACCCGGUUGUAGGGCUCGAGUUCCCGGAUUUGAGUUCCUCCGCCGCAGAUACGGGCAUUGGGAAUGCGGGUGUGCCGGGCGUCAAUGCCAAUGCCAAUGCCAUGUCCGGCGCGCCUCCAGUCGGGGCGAAUGGUGGAGCUUAUCCGGCACCGUGGAUCGCAAAUGGCGGGAACAUGCGUGCCUCGUCGAGUGAUUGGCCCGGGUAUUGUUAA